GAGCUCAAUUAUCUUUGUUCGCGCUGAACGUGCACAUCUCUGUGAAUAUGCGAGUCAAGAAACUGCUUACGUGUGGUUCCCAGUUUACACUUGUUUGUUCAUUUUUUACCGAAAUUUUACACGUGCUGUAUGACGGUUCGAGGGUGUGAGAACGGGAAAUAAAUCUGUUAAAAGUUGGCACUGUGCGUGUCAAAUGUGCCUUUCUGUUGUCCUUGUUCAGCUUGCGCUACAACAAAAUAAGAUUUGAACUAGCGCGCCUGGUGUCCCGUUUACAAACCGUCGUUCAUAUAUCGCCUUCCUAAAAAAAAAAAAAAUAGAACUGAAUGAGCAUACCUGUUGUUGCUUGAUCUAAAACUUUUUUGUAGUAAAUUAUGACUCGUUUAGUGCAAGGGUCGUAGAUUACUGAUGCGAUGCUCGUUUGGAAAUGGUGGGAGCGGCUGCGUCAAGACGGCCGAGACUUGCUCGCCGUCAUUUUGACGCGAUGCUCUUAAUUGUAGCUUACCAGGAAAACCAAAACUGUUUUAACAGCGCGUGCUCAUGCGGCACACACAGCUAGCUAUGAUAGGCCGCAUUUUUCAAUGGAAAGUCAUACUUUGUUUUUGUAUCAUCGUCUGCUUUGCAUCAGUUUUCCUCAGGUUUGAAAACAAGCUUGCACUGCUCGAGUCGUCCCGCUUAAAACUGACGGACACGGUUGGUAGGCUACAGCUGUUUUACCUCAAUGAGCGGCUACAUGACUUCCCACCUGUGCAAGAGAGUCGCACCGAUGCACCCUUGGAUGACUUUGGGCUGCCUGAGAAAACAAUGGACAAUCUUGUCAUUUUGUACAACCGGGUUCCCAAGACUGGCAGCACCAGCUUUAUGGGUGUUGCAUAUGAUUUGUGUGCUACCAACAAGUUUCAUGUGCUCCACUUGAACACAUCCAAGAACAUGCAUGUCAUGUCACUUCCAGAUCAGGUUAGGUUUGUGUACAAUAUUUCCCUGUGGCAGUACAUGAAGCCUGCUAUUUACCAUGGGCACAUUGCAUUUCUCAACUUUGCAAAGUAUGGGGUUACCCAGAGGCCCGUCUACAUCAACCUCAUCAGGCGGCCUCUGGAUCGUCUUGUCUCGUAUUUCUAUUUUCUCAGGCAUGGGGAUGACUUCAGGCCUUACUUGGUCCGCCGAAGACAGGGAAACAAGAUGACCUUUGAUGAAUGCGUCGCCAAGAAAGGGGCAGACUGUGCUGAAGAGCGGCUAUGGCUUCAAGUGCCAUUCUUCUGUGGCCAUGCUGCAAGGUGCUGGAUUCCGGGGAACCCGUGGGCCUUGGAGCAGGCAAAGCACAAUCUUGUGAACCAUUAUUUCCUUGUCGGGCUGACAGAACAGCUGCAGGAAUUUGUGGUCAUGCUUGAGGCAUCCUUUCCCCGCAUAUUCAAGGGAGCCACUAACAAGUUUGUAACAGGGAAGAGGUCACACCUUCGGAAAACCUUCAACAAGGUGCAACCAAGCCAGGAGACCAUAGAACACUUCAAGCGUUCACCAAUCUGGCAGAUGGAGAAUGAAUUCUAUGACUUUGCAGCCGAGCAAUUUGAGUUUGCCAAGAAACGGACUUUAGUGGCUACUCAGGAUGGGCAGCUGACAGAGCUUGGCCAGCAGUUCUUCUACGAGAAGAUUCGACCUAAGUGAUCAGUGAUAGUGCAGUGUGUGACCCUUUGCCUGGUUUGAAGCCAGAACUGCCUUAAUCAGGCAGAUUUCAUCAAGCCAUUUUUUUCCCGGGGCUGUGCAAAUGCUUGACACUGGUUCUUUGUAUUGAAAGCCAGCAUCAGAUGCGACAGGGUAUGCAGGUACCAAAGCAUUAAUCAGUAUGGUGUUUGGUGCUAGACAUUGACCGCUGCGUACGCCUGCAAAAAGCCUUUUCAAAUGUGUGCAUAGCUCUGCUCUCAAUGGGCAAAACAUGUGAAAAGAGAAAAUCGAAGGUGCUUCAACAUGCUGGUAACAUUCUCAUCAUUAAAAAAAGAGUAAUUUUAAGUUCCAGAUGGUCAUUUUACUGGCAGGCAUUCAUUACUGACACAUUUUUUAUUUAGAGGAUAAUCAAAAGAUGUAAUCAUUGAAAUUCACAAUUAUUUCAUGGGAGCAAGAUGUCAUCACUAUAGAAAUGUCUAGUGAAAGUAAUUUUUAGUACAAUUGCAUCAUCAUUAGUCAAACAAGGCCAAGGUAAACUGGCCUGUUUUAAUUGGUUUGAAGUGCUUUCUAGGCAAGCACCCGGGCGAAGAGCUGGUUUAGUCUGCCUGCCAUUUUUAGAUAAAUUAAAGUGGAUCUGUUGGUAAGUGUUUAAUUAGGGUUCAAUGUUUGACUAAUGAAGCAUUGUUUGAGAAACCUGCAGGCAGUCAUUUCAAAAAAAAAAUUGUUUGUUUAUUAGAUGAGAAAAUGAAGGUCCAAGUAUCAGUAUUUGAAUUUCGCGCCGAAACCCCAGUGCCGGUACGUCAGCGUGACGGCAGGGAUUCCAAAGUAUGUUUUCGCAUUUGGGCCGCGUUGGCUGAGUAAAGAUUCCCGAAACUUGCCAUGUUUGAUAUUUGGUUCCUUUAGAACACAAUGUAGUCAAUCUGUACCGGUAUAUAUAAUUAGUAGGCCCUAGAAGAUGGCAUCAAAAUCCAAGAGGUCACAGCUCCUAGGUGCGGGAACUUAAGUAGGCGUCGCCACCCGUAUUUCGUUCUUGUGCUUUUUCUGGCUUACCAAACAUCUUAUCGUUGUAAGAGUGGUGUUUUUGGUGUUGUAGAACGGUAAUUUACUGAUGCAGAAGAAAUAAUUUUUCACUUUAGUGUCCCUUUAAACCUUACAAGCUAUAAUGAUUAUUAUUAAAUACUGAAAGUGAGGACCUACUUGUGACAAAUGCUCGCUCAGAAUUGUAUGGUGGCAUUUUGCUGUUGCAUUCUCCAUGCUCCAGAGCAGUGGAGACUGAAAACAAAAGCUUUCAUUACUUUGACACUUAAGCAGCGAGGGAGCUUUGUGAUAUGGUGCUCGCCAGAUGACGAGAAGUCAACACUUGUCACACAACCAGUGGGUCAUAUAUAUUUUACUAAGGCUAUACAUGCACAUAUAUUACAAGGGGGGGGGGGAUAAAUAAUUAAAAUAAAAUGAACUCGUGUGGUUGGAGUGAAAAGAGAAAGGUUAAUGUUUACACUUUCAGGGCUAAGGGACAGGUUGUCACGUACACAUUAUAUUAUUUUCGUGCUUUUUGCACAUUUAAUCAGACAUAAGCAUACCCAUUACAGUGACAUACUAUACUCACGGACAUCUUACUGUGGCUAUGAAGGGAAAGCUACGGAGGCAAAGCAUGCACAAGUGAGAGCACUUCUGAAAAGAGUCCCGCCUUUCCAUCCACGUUAGUUUAAGCUGGGGAAGAGAAAACAUACACACCUUAUUAGCAACAGUUAAAUAGGACAAAACACAUGACUCAAUGCAAAAGUUUACCUGUUUUGCAGCUUUUCCCUUCCGUGUCUGGGCAAACCUGAAACUGUCCCACGUGGAAGCUGCGUUGAUUCAGCGUCUGUUUUGAGCAAGCAAAAGCACUCCGAAAUGCUGGCGGACUAUGUGGCACGGUAACGCAUGUGCAGAAGCUCCACCCCCGUAGCUUUCUCUUCAUAGCCACAGAAAAUUGUCUGCGAGUAUAGUUACGUAGUACUUGUGCUGUGCUUGUUGCCACUUCGCAAACAUUCCUUUAAUUGCAUUUUAUCUGUUUCUGUUUAAUAUUAGUCGUAUUGCCUCAGUAUCACCAUUUGUUGCUCAGUAGUAACUGCAACUGCUUCCCCAUAUGGGAAAUGACAAAAAAGCACAUAGGUCACACCUAACACAUCCAUUCUGUCUUGACAUGGUAUGCAUGUAACUGGGGGAAAUCUGACCUGUUUUUAUGUAAGUAAUCAACAAGUAAAAGAUAGGUUGUCUUAACUAAUGUCAUUGCUAAAAACAAACCCAUAACUGCCUUGUGCAAGAUAAAUGCCACUAGAGCAUAUGGUAAAUUUUUCGUCUGUAAAAGGCGGAAAUGCUGAACCCUAUAUGGUACAAUGCAUCUUGCGCUCUGAUAUGCAGGUGUAGUUUUGAGCUGGUGUCAUAUUUGGACGGGGUGGAAAGUAGAAUCCCUUGAAGCUGAAUGUUGCCUUGAAGAAGUCCGACAUUGCUAACAGAAUCGUAAGGCCAACAAUGGCCAUUUCUUUGGUGCAUCUGCACUGUGGUUUGCAACUGUUGGGCCCCAGUUGCACUUUGGUUUAGCUAAAGUUUUUAGCUUUGCCUACUUACUAUGCUGUGGUUUAUUUAGUUUAUUGUAUGUUGACUAAAGAUAAGUUUUUAAUUUGUGUUUUUUGCAUACCCAGGAAAAGAACAAAGCUUUUCGUCUAACCACAAAGAAGAAUCCAUGCAGUCUCAGUGCCCCUAUAAGGAAAAAAAAAAGAAAAAGAGAAAACAAAAAUGUCCAUGAGAAAGAGUUCCACUUUUGUAGCCCCCUUUCUUUUCAGUCUCUGUUUUUAUUCUUACAUGUAUCAUUGUGUCUGCAUGUCAACUUCAGUGCUUGCUUCCGAUAAGGUUAUUUGCUCACAUCAAUUUACAUUAGAUUCCUUGCAUUAGUUUCUGCAUACAUUUCCGUACAUUUUGUUGUGAAACGUGUUUUCACCUUGUGAACAGAAUAUAUUGAGACUUGUUGUUAAGGCCAUAGUAUAAGGCAAGGGUUUCAACUUUCUGACCUUGAACCUCACCUGCCUUCCUAGAGUGCAACUGAAUUCCCCACCCCUUACUUCUUUCCACCGAUAUGCUUUUCAAACAAUGAGUCUUAAAUGCCAUUCUUUCUCGUAAAGACUAUCGAAGUGCGGAUGUGGUGGUUUUAAUUGUCAAAUUCAAGCUGUAAUGUAAAAAUCCGCUGAGGGGGGUAUGUAGUCGGAUUCAUUUUGACCAUUUGCAGAACCCAGAAAUGCCAUUUGCGGAACCCAGUUUGGGAACCCCUGUUACAGGGGGCCCUAUGACAGUACAUUUUGUUUGUUGGUUGCAUGAUUAGGGUGUGGUGAUGCUCUCAGCACAUAUUGAGAGCACAUAUUUUUCAUUUACCUAGUGAAGGAACUUUGGAAUGGAAGCUCUUGCUAAAGCAAUGAAAAAUACUUAGAACUCUUACCUCUGUAAUAGCCAUCGUUCAAAUUUUUGCCAAUAUCUUGCGCAAGGAGAUGUAGCUGUUAUACGAGUUUGUACAGGUGCGGCCACUGCUAGCAGGAAGACGAGAGCCCAUGGCAGCGCUCCUCGGAGCGCCACCCCUGGCGCAUUGUGAAGCCUUGGCAGACAACUCACUGUAGCAGACGACUCCCCGGGCUUUUCGCCAGUCGCUUUGAUUAUGCCUGCCCCAGAAGACUUAAUGAGGGGCUGGUGGUGGGGCACUUCGGGCAGUGAUGCCAUGAGCUUCGUGUUCCCACUAGUAGUGGCCGCACCUGUACAUAAAUCGAGAUCAUGGUGAACAUGCAGCAGGGGCUUUAAGAAGCUGACAUGGUGUCACUGGGAUCAUCUCCCAUGCCUGCAGUGAUUGAUUAAAGGCACAGCAUGUCAAAGUUAGAUAUACUAGCUGAUAUAUGAAGGUUCGUUACAGCGCAACACGAGACACGGACAAAAGGAAGGUAUAAAACAACGACACAGCGCUGAUUCUCAACUGAUCUUUUUGUUGAAGAUAUGUCUAACAUAUAUAUAUAUAGGUGCCAGUUCAUAACCAUGACAUGCACGAGACACAGAGAUACACCGAGGCAACUCAGACCACCUGAUGCAUAAUCAAAAGUACCAUAGGUAACGCAAUUCCUUGUCAUGAAGAGUGAUAGACGGUUCGCUGAUACUUGCCGGUCCGAGUCGAGAAAGAACUCGACUGCUCCACGAAAGAACUCGAUUAUCCCUAAUCUUUAUAUUGUAAGCCUCAGUGAUUUCCCUUGUCAAUUGGCUUGCGUGUUUAUAAAUUACAUUAGUUCUUUUAAAAUAGGGGCGACAACCAUAUGACUUGCAAUGCUCCAGGACAUGAAGUGGCGCAACCCCUUGAAGAGAUAGCUCAUGCUCCCCAAGUCGAACAUUCAUGUAGCGCUUCGUUGGUCCCCUGUACCCUCUACCACAACAUAACGGCAUGGCAUAUACAACUUGCUUAACAAAAGUGAUGUACCCGUUCACAUGGUUGACAGUGCACUUUCCCUUUACUUGCUCAGCAUAUUAUCAACUAACGGGCAUAUGCGACCUAUCUUAUGUUUUGCCGAAAAACGAACAUCAAUGCUGUACCUUGAACCAACAUUCUUAAGCCCAUGUACCAACUUGUGUACAUACGGUACUACUGUGUUUUUCUUUUUUUCUUCUAAUUUAGUUUUACCACCUUGAUCAUUUAUACUCUUGAUGCCACGAACCAUACUUUUACUCACAGAUGAAAUAAUCACUUUGGGGUAACCAACGUCUAAUAAACUAUUUACCUGAUCAGAAAAGGCAGCCUUCGACAUAUGAAAACACGACUUCUUUAAUGCAGCAUUUAGGGUAGUCUUCGCUAUAGCCCGCUUCACUACCUUAGAAUGACCGGAUUUAUAGUUCAAAAUAGGCUUAACCAAGCUGGGAUCAUAAUUCCAGCACACAUGAUUUUUACCAAAGCUUAACCUCAGAUCAAGAAACUGCAGUUGAUGAUUUUAGGGACUUCGAAGUAAAAUCAAGGUCCAUGCCGCGCUGCCUGAAUACCAUAAAAAUUUCAUAAACACCCUCGGGCUGAACGUCGCUCUUAAAAAUACUGUAUAACGAAAUCAUCAACAUAGCGGAAAACAUUAUUGGAAAGCUUAGCAAGGUGGCCCUCUAAUUGCCUAUCAUCAUUGUGCGACAUCAUUCAUCAUUGUGUGACAAUGAUGAAGAAGCCUUCAUCAAUGGUUGCGGUAUCUCAAUAGAAGCCUUUCUUGAACUUGUUUCCUUUUACUUGAGAUCUACCUUUUGUUUCAUGGAGAUGGGGUCUGUGUAUACAAAAAUUGGGGGGUAUGCAUUGGCUCGUGUGUAGCUCCUAUCAUUAGUGACAUUUUUCUAGGUUAUAUUGAUACACCCGUGUACUUAGAUUUAGAUGCACAUUAAAGACCCCCAGGUGGUCCAAAUUAUUCCAAAGACCCACACUAUGGCGUGCCUUAUAAUCAGAUUGUGGUUUUGGCAGGUAAAACCCCAUAAUUUAAUUACUGCAACAUUGAAGAUUCUAGAAAAACUCAUUAUUGUCUUGAAAUACAUAAGUUCCAAAAAAAGAAUAUUUGCGUAACAGACAUUCCUGUGACCACUUGAAAAAAAAGACAAAAUUUCAAUAUAUGAAAAAAGAUGACUUAGAGGAAUUCAGAAUAUACAUUCCAAAGAUGAAUGUUCCAAAAACACUCCUAAAAAAUGUAUGCAGAUCUGUGGGAAUUGGUGUACGUGAAGUGUGAAGUUUUCGUGGGCCAGCAAGGCAAAGUAGUGCAUUACGUCGAGAGACGCGCUGCAGAUUUCGGUGAUGAACGUGUCUCAACCAUGAUGGUGCACCAUGCAGAGCAUGCAGAAGUAUUAUACAGCACUAAAACAUGCUGAAUCGCAAGACACAGUGUGUUUGACCUUGUAGAAAUGUGCCAUAGUAUGAUGAGAGAUGCACAACGAAUUUCGGCAGCAAAUGCCUCCCGCAACUUCUAUCUUUAUUGUUGGCUAGACAAUGCGUGCGCUCACAUUUUAUAUGUAAAUUGUUGCUAUACAAUGCACCAAACAUGCCAAACAGUUUCUCUCGUGGCUUGCACAUGGGAAAUUUGUAAAGGUGUUUUAUUCUCCCACUUUAGGCAUGCAUCCAUGGCGUAAUGGUUAGGGUAUCAGGUGUGCGUGCCAGGGGGAGCAGGCUCGAAACCAACCAUCCGGAAUUUAUUUUCUCAUUUUAUCCGUAUAGUCGGGUGUCAAGGUAACCCUCUAGGUCAUAUGAAUGGCCAAUGCACCAUCAAAGUGGGGAAAAAGCCAAACAAAGCUAUCGCUUUAAAAUAAUCAGCACACAAAUAUUCUCGGUGCACAAAACAAAGAGGUUAGUCUUUCUGGUUCCUGGUCCAUGCAUUGAAGAUGUUCCUCUAGUUUGUAAGUCAAGUGUAGACUGUCCAUUUCUGGCAGCAAACAUUUUGUAUUUAAGCGGACCUCCUAGGCGGCCAUUCCCGCAUUGAGGGUCGGUGUGUUUCAGCGUCCCUCGUAGCUGAGCAAACGAGCACACCGAAGGAUGAAAGAGCUAAUGCGUUGCGCAGCGAGUGAUGAAAGACUGUGAUGUUGAAUUGAGCAUGAGGAAGAAAGCAGAGGAGGAGGGUAUGGCGAAAGCAUGAGACGAAAAGCAUAGUGCCACACCAGACGGGCUCUGCAGCGACGGUGCGCCAGAGUACUGCGCGUCAGACACAUGGAAAUAAAGAGCUGCAUGAGCGGAGGCAGCUCUGUGGCAGCUGCUGUGAAUCGCGUUCACGAAUCACCAACAUGCUGCCUCCCGCGAUCUCCCAAUUAGCGAGGUAGUCGCGCCACACUUCACUCCGUUUGCAACAUGCCGCACGAGACAGAUUUUCCAUGACAGCAUAUAUAUUGAAAUGAAAACGUGUAUAGAGCUGUGCUCAAACUUCAUAUUAGGGAUUAUUGUUAUCGCUGCUGAAUUUUUUUGUUUGACAUUGGGCUCCACAUACACAGCUUGCAGCUUUACCUUUUCUGCAUCUUCCUGUGUUGAUGUUGAAGUUCUGUUUCUCAUUUUUGAGUAGGAACAUCUUAGUGAUCUUAACUGUCGAGCCUCAGCAGCUGCAAGACAGGCCCUAUCUUGAAAAACAGCUGUUAAAGCUGGCACUUCUCUGAAACUGCAACAGUUCUAAAUGUUGUGCAAAUGACCAGCUCUGUAUGUUGGACGUGCAGCAGACUAAUGGAAGUGCCUGCUAGAGGAAUUAAACAACUUGGAGUCAGAACCUCUGGUAGACAGCUGCCAACAUUUUCUUUUAAUUAUGACCCUUCAUUGCUUCCACACUGUAAAUAGGACAAUUUGAUGUUGUCCUCUUACUUAUUGCUUGUGCUCUGGCAAAAAAUUUGAUGUUGAUGUACCAUAAUCAUGAACUGCAUACAUUUCUUUUUUUCAGAGAUGGCAAAACAAAUUUUUUGCAAACUUGUAGGCCUUAGCUUACCGAAAGUUCUGUAAAAGUUGGUUUUGGUUAAUAUGAAUGAGCAUGCCAGUGAUAGAGGCUUACUUUUGAAGAUUUGGAAUGCACCAUAAGAUUCACUCCCUAUUUGCUUGUACUGGCAGUGCAAAUAUUCAGUGAGACGGGACUCCGGAAUGUUGCAGCGAGGUUCUGCCAAAAUAAUUUUCUGGUCUAUGUAACUAUUAUGUUGCACGCUUUGCAUGUAGUGAAUGACAGUGAUUAAUUAUAUCAGAUUUAAAAGGGGCUCUUCUCCAAAUGCCAUCCUGAUUGUCAACCACUGGUAAAUUUAAUCUAUUUUGACCGUCACUGAAAAUGUAUAAAUCAUACUCUUUUUUUCUGGGGUGGGGGCAGGGGAGGGAUACUGUUUGGAACACUGUAAUCAACGUAAAGAAUAUGAUCACAGGACCUCUUUAAUUUAGUCUUGUCUGUCUUUUGUAAUUUGUUCCUCAGUGGUAAUUGCUUGGUGUCAUUGCUGGACAGUAGAGACUGCCAGUGUUUGUGGGGUAAUCUAUCUUCACUAGAUUUUUAUGCACUUGUUUGAUAUGGUCUUGUCGCUAAACAUUUCUCUCUCUGGAGGCAACAAUGUAUACUUAGAGCAAAUGCAAAGUUUAUUCUAUCAUGUAUGCAUUGUUGUCCGGAUGACUCGGCAUGAUUUUAGUGGCCUAUAGGAUUUUUAUUCUUCGUAAAAAUGCCGAGUUCUUAGGUUCAAAAUGCAUAUUUGUAACCUUCUAAAGCACCUCUCAAGUUUUUAUUAUUGGAAUUUCUUUAUGCAAGGAAACAUGUACAAAAGUUGUUUGUUAUACGUGGGGAAAACGUCCAAAAUUGCAUUUACGCCAUUUGCUGUCCGAAUGAGAAAUAUGGGGUGUGGUUGUGAAAGACUGAAACUGGUGUCUAGCACCAAAAGAUGCCUUCCUAUUGUCAAUAUAUAUACUAAUUUUUCUCUCGCUCUGUUCUGACUUGGAAAGCAAACUAUCUCACAUGUUGCAGUGACUUGUAAAGCAGUGGGUAUUACAGAAGGGAAACUUUUUUGAGUUGUGCACCUCAGUGGAUGCCAUCAUGUGGGUUUCUUGGAGAAUUCAGCCUGGUUGCAAACUGUAGGUAAAGCAUUAUUUUCCAAAUGUGAGAUUGUGACAUGCUGCUACAUUGUUGUCAGACAGCUACAUGUCCAUCAUUCAACUAAAAGCACCGACACAGUGUAAGAGCUUAGAACUAGUACUUAGUGAAACUGUGACAUCCAACUAGGAGAUAAAUGUUGGUAAUUAAAAACCGGUAAAUAAAGUUGCCACACAGCAGAUGAAGAUUGGUCCAGUAGGAUGCAGUGCAGCAUCCCAACACCAGUAUAGUCAACAAUGUGUCAUGUUGUUGUGUGUAGUGGCACGUGGCUUGUUGUUGAAGUGAAUAGUGUACAUUAAUGGACUGCUUCUCGGGGCAUUGAUAGAAGGAUUUUGUGGUUAUUGUCCGAGAGUCGAUUAUAACUUGCAGUUUCUUUCUGCUCGCCUAUGUUGUAUGACACCUUUAUCUUGCAGUAAUUUGAGUACAGUAUCAUGCUCUCAGGGUGAACCGUGGCCAUUCGUUCAUGCUGUUUGGCAUCCAUCAGUAGCCAUUUUUCACUUCAAACACCUUGAGCUUCAGAAGAACUGCAGCAAGGUGACACAAAGGGCUGCAAGCUCUGCUUGCAAUUGGGUGCAGUACAAGCUAAACAUGGUAUUUUGUCCACCAUCUGGUGUGUCGUGGAGGUUUUGGGUGCAGUACGGUUUCCAGAAGGCCUGCUGUAACCUUGAAAUUUAAUUUUUUUUAGUGCUUUAUUUUACUAGAGUAAAGCACAGCACACUUGCUAGCGAGACAGCUUGCAUCAGUUGGCUUUCUCAUGCAGGGUAUUCUGUUCUCUACAUUCUCUGUGCUCUUCCAUGAGGCUGAACAUUGUGUGGAGCGUUAAAGGAACUGUCUGCCGUUAUUUGAAGGGGCUCUGAACCACUUUUUAUCAAAGUGGAGAAAGGCAUUUGAAGUGAAAAUGGGCUAUUUCAGAAAGACUUUGCCGCAGAAAAGUACUUCAGUGCGUUCAGCAGUAGCGGAGUUAUUGGCAAUCGAACAUGGCCUGCGUUGUGCUCCCGUUUCUUCUUCAAUGCUUUGCACCGCGAAGGCUACGGCGCAGUGGGGUGUGCCCACAAUGCUCCGCCUUCUAAAUGUCGCUAUGGCGCGCAGUUCAAGUUUUAUUUUGGAUGUUAACGUAGACUCCACGACUUCUGCCUCUGGACGACGCGCUAAACAUAAGCCAAGCGCGGUUGUCCUCAGCGAGCCGCAGUGCACUUGGCCAGUGGACUCGUGGCUGCACCCCGCAGCGGCUGCAGUAUUUACGCCAUGUAGCCAACCGCAGCUUGAUGUCAGCUAUUGGCUAGUAGCAGCCGUCUAAGGGAAUGACGAAAUAGGGCGUCUAGAAGAGAGAGGACAGGGCCUUCUGUUGAAAAGAGAGUGUUUGAGAGAAAGGUGACUAUGCGAUCCGCUUGCGAGCUCCACGCACCGCGCACGACAGCAAGAAUUGGUUGAGAUGUUCACAGCAGCGUAUGCUACCCGCGGACUAUGUUAUUUCACCAAGCCCGAGGGGUGGUUCAGGGCCCUUUUAAGGACUUUCUAUUUUGUAGAGUAAUAGAGAGCCGACCAUUUGAAGCAGAAAUUCUUAAAAUAGCCAUUUUUGAUCGGCGUGGUCUCUGCUUAAAACUGUGUAUGGACGCCAACAACACUGAUUACUGGACCUGUACAGAUCUCAGAGGCCAUGUGUCAAUGCGGCACUCCGUUCACUGUCUGGGAAGGUGCAGACAACUUGUACACCUUUCCUCUCAGUUCUUCAAUCACAGAUGACCAAAUCAUGAUCUGGUGUUUUUAUAGCAGUGUAGCAAGGGUCAUACAAGCGGCUGUGGAAUGUUAGCAUGCUUGCAAUACUCCAGACCAAACCGUGCUCUACGUAAAUAAGUUUUCAUGCUCAAUGUGUAGUACAGCAAAGUAACUUAAGUCCCACAGGGAUGUUUGGAUACUACCUCUGCAUUGUUUUCAUGACUAGACUGUGCUCCUUGUGACAUGAACGGAGCAGGCGGAAAUGGUUUAUAGGUUCCAUUGGAAAAAGCAGCUGUUGUAAACUUGAUUUGUGAAAUAACCUUCUAAUCCCCAGCAUAUUGUAAGGGACGUCAACUGUUUGCAAUUGUUAUUUGGUUUCUAAUUCACUGUUGAAUAACAAAUGCCGACUGCAUCAUUUAGGAUUCAUCUCCGAGCUCCUCCUGCGAAAUGUUUUGCAUAUGAUCGUUGAGAGUGGCUUAAGAGAUUCAUUACAAGACAUCCACCACUGAUAAUUGAUUAUAUGUACUCUAUAUGAUGGAAAUGCAGUUUUAAUGCGACAGCGUUAAGGAGCCCGUGUCGCAGGAAAUUCGGUGCUGGCGUCGGACUUCGUUUCAGCAAAAAAAUUUUCAAACCACACAUACCCACGCCGUCCAUGUGACGCAAGGAAUUGACUGAACUAUUUGAAUUCCUCAAGCUAAAAUACGUAAAAAAAUCGUAAACUACGACCUACACACAACUUACAGACAUGAUAGCUAUCGGAUUGUAAUUUGAAUAUAUGAGAAAACAAUUCUGUUGCGCGAAAACUCAAACCCCUUUUCCAGCGUUUCUACAAUGCAUACAUCGGAGACAGCGUCCGCCAUUUGCGCACGCCGGCGCGUAAAUAUCAGAGUCCACGGAGCGGCGUGCCCGCUUCCUUGAAACACUUCCGUAUGCGGCCCAUGCAAGAGGCCGCGUCUCUCCCAGAAAGCCCGCCUUCGUGGAUAGCGUUUCGCCGCGAGCGUUUCCCGAUAAACAUUACGGUUACAUAUGCUGCAGUUGCCGGGAAGAGUGAGAAGCAGUCGGGGAUCUCUGAAUGCUAUCGCGUUCCACUUUUAAAGGCGAAGCUUAAGCGUCCUUCAAAUUUUUUUCUAUUUGUGCCCCACUAAGACUCACAUUUGUUCUUGCAAUUGGCUUACGUUGCUUAUAGCAGUGGUCAAUUUAUGCAUAUGUAUAUGAUGUAUUGUAAGAAUUCUGAUUCAUUUAAUAUUCUUUCAGAAUUUUCACUCAGGAAGAACCAUUAAAUAUAAUAUAACUCUAACUGUUCAUCAAUGUGUAGUUAUAGUUUUGUGGAAGAUAUGGGUUUAAGAAAUUUCAUAAAACACUUGCUAUGAAUUGUGAAUGGUGUAGGUGAGUGAAGGGCUCUGCAGUGGCACUAAGCAACAUGCAGGUUAAAGGCUCGCAUACUUCCAGGCACUGCCCCAUCCAUUCUCAUCCACAAGUAGGUCCAUUAGGGUAAAAUUUAUGCUCCCCCCCCCCCAAAAAAAAAUAACUAUCUUGCAUGUGGAUAAGAAGGGAUGGAGCAUUACAAUUUAUACAGUUGGAAUACACACCUAUUUGUGUUCUUUGAUUGCUAGACUCGGGGUGCCACCACUCUUGGCCGUCAUGCUUUUGUGGCCGUGUGGCUCACAUACAUUACAAUUGUAUAAAUGAGCCACAAUGUGUAGUCAAUGGACGCUCCUUUAUGGAUGUGCUAUGCACAAUGAUUUGUUUUACUUGAUCUACAGGCUUGUAUAUGUCGCUUUGCAAUGAAGGAGCAUUUUACUUCGACCAGCCGAGAAAACUUUGUAGGCUAGAGGCUGGUUAAGUGAGUGGUUUAUAUAGCUGAAGGGAAACGAACGAAUGCAGAUAUACGUUGCCGGAAACUUUUUAUAUAUCUCGCCCUUGUGCUUGUCCUGUUUCUUUGAGCAAAUUUCCGCCAUAUGUGUUCGGCAGAAAGCUGUGCGAGCCACCAAGUCUUUCACGCGGGUCAUGUGUACUAAUGCUGUACAUUUAUUGUAGCUGUGUCACUAAUCGUCUUUCAAUGCAUUCGAGGCAAUAAAAGUGGCCGGUGCCUGAUUUUCUUGUCUAGAA